GAGCGUACCUAUUCUUGGGAACAGUGGGAACGGUUUUUUGGGCGCUAGCCUGACCCGACCGUGCUGGUGCUAGCCCUUAGGGGUUGGUCGCCUCCCGUGACAGUUGUGUACGGCCAGUCGUUCACUGCAUGCUGCCGUUCUGCCAAACCAUUCUGCCCUGUCCGGCAACACGCAUGCAGGACGGUUGUAGCUGUGCGUCCCGAGUGAGUGCGUGCCUUACGAAACCGAUUGGUUCGAGUCCUGCACAAGCCCAAGGGGACGCAGCUGUUCGGUCGUUGUCACCUGAGGGAGCGGAGGAGAGUUUAAGCGUGGCACACGUGGUGGCAGGUGCAGGUGGCGGCCUCUGGUUACGUGUCCUUGAGCUCUGCUGCCCCCGCAUUCGCAAGCAGAAGUGGCGUGAGUGGAAUCUAGUAGAAUCUGCUGAGUGCUAGAUGCUACGGGAAGUGAUCGUGUGAGCCUGUCCAAUCGUCCAUCAAAUAAAGGAUCUUCUAUCAAUAGUGCAUUCCGUUGUGUGGAACAUCAAGUGGACUCUUUGAGUGAUCCUAGUACAGCGAUCCGAGUCGGUUUACAGAAUAUCUGGUGGGAAAUAGUUGCGUGUCUGUAACUAGAUCUUUGUGUGCCUACGACGUUGGUACCUUUUUUUUUAGACUUCUACCGUACUGUAUAUCUUCACCGGAUAUUGAUGAAUGUGACGAAACACUAUCAAGACGCUGGUUGUGUAAUCGUUCACCGUGCAAGUAAUGGUAUUGGUGAGGAAUCAAGUCCUCCUGCGCACUUUAUAACAGCUGUCUGAGGCAGCUCUUCAAACGCAUUGUAUAAUCUCGAGCAACAGGACGUCGGCAGGGUAGAAUACAACAUCGCGUAGUGUUUUGCUUCCUUCUCCCGCUUCACCGCCGCUGAUGAUGUAGAGGACACCAUCCGCACCAUGUCUGACAUCAACAGCAUCUUUGAGAUUGACUACGAACAGGCGUUAACGCUUACCGGGUUCGGCUGGUUUCACUAUCGCCUGCUGGCACUAUGCGGACUGAUCUACGCCAACACGGCGAUCGGCAUCACCGUGAUGUCGUUUGUGCUGCCGUCCGCUACCUGCGACUUUCGCAUGACAUCGGAGGACAAGGGCUGGCUGACGGCUGCCCCAAUGCUAGGUAUGGUCGUGGGUUCAUACUUCUGGGGCUGUCUGGCUGAUACCAAAGGCCGGCGGAUAGUGCUGAUCGCCGCACUGCUGCUAGACGGUACCGUUGGUCUCUUGUCGACUACCGCACAAAUCUUUCCGAUAUUUAUGUUUCUUCGGUUCAUCAAUGGUUUUGCCAUUACUGGUGCCAUGGGCAUUUGCUUUCCAUACCUGGGCGAGUUCCAGCCGACAGCGUAUCGUGAAAAGAUCCUCUGCUGGAUGGAGCUAUUUUGGACGCUCGGGAUCGUUGUCCUGCCGUGCAUUGCCUGGCUGAUCAUACCGUUGCCGCUGCAGUUCGGGACGGCCGACGGUGGCAUCAAGUUCAGCAGCUGGAAUCUAUUCGUAGCACUCUGUUCCAUUCCAAGCCUCCUGCUAGGGCUGUGGCUCUUGUAUUUUCCCGAAAGCCCCAAAUUCCUGAUCGAAUGUGGCGAACCUGCCCUGGCGUUAGAGAUUCUGAAGGACAUUUACCACAUUAACACCGGUCGGGAACGUCACGAAUGUCCGAUCGGACGUCUUAAGGAAUCGGACCGAAGCAACACGAUCAUGGAAACGCACAACCGCUCGAUCCGCACGUUCAACAUACACGACCCGAAGCACAUGAAGAUACUGCUGCCGGAGAUCUGGGAGCAGACAAAGGCGCUCUGCAGUGCCGAAUUUCGGCGCAACACGGCGCUCGCCUGCAUGAUCCAGUUCGGCAUUACCACCAGCUACUACACGCUGAUGAUCUGGUUUCCCGAGCUGUUCGGGCGGUUCGAGGAGUACGAGAAGCGGUACCCAAACGCGACCGUGUCUGUCUGCGAUGUGUCCUCGAUCGUCCUGGAGAACGUCAACGACACGCUGGUGGACGACUUCUGCGGCACCGAGAUCGACACGAAGGUGUACUGGCAUACGCUGCUGCUCGGCAUUGCCUGCAUCCCGACCAGCCUGUGGCUACCGCUGUGUGUCCACCGGCUCGGGGCAAAGUUUUUCUUGAUAUUCAGCUUGCUAGUGGCGGGUCUCGUUACUGUCGGACUUGCGUACGUAGGCAACUCGACGCAGAAUCUCAUCCUUUCGUGCAUUUUCGAAGCACUCACCUCCAUGGGGAUCAGCACUGUGUACUGCGUAAUGGUAGAUCUGUUUCCAACCAACCUACGAGUAAUGGCGGCUGCAUUUUCUCUCACAUUUGGUCGUUGUGGCGCGUUGCUGGGAAAUCUGAUGUUCGGGUUCCUGGUCGAUUUGAACUGUCUUGUUCCUAUAGUGCUAUUUUCGAUCAUGCUCUUCGGUAGCGCAAUAUUGUGUUUUUUUCUACCUAACACCGGCACUACAGCGCUUCAGUAGCUGCAAGGAACGAUUGGACCACAGCGGACCACGCGGUCCACGUCGUUAUGUUUAGCGUACACUUACAAAGUAACAUUAGUUCUCCCAAGACUCCCGAUAGCACACAACUCCAAUUGUAUAAACAUGCAGUAUUUUCAAACUAGUAUAAGCCAAACGUUAAAUUAUCUGCUCGUCUGGUCGAGAUGAGGCAGCGAGAAGAAGAGAACAGAAACAUCAAAUAGAACCCGGCGCAAGCAGGGUCCACAUUUGUAACCAAAGUCCAGCGAAAACAAAAUGCUGUUUUAAAUAAGGCAUAUGAAAUAAAAUGGUUAAGAAGUAAGAAAGUGUUUGCGAAAUCGAAACAAAAGCACAUGUUUCAUUACAGUCCACGAACCCCGUCAAUGCGCGGUACGUGUCCGACAUGCAUUAAAAACCCAAAGCACCUUGGGAGGCUGCUACAUUCUAGUGUCUUUUUGUAAUUUGAAACUGCUAACCGCUACGAUUUACAAGAAGAAAUUCAACUUCUUCUUCUUUUUGAGGUUACAGUUUGGAGUGUUCGAAGUUUUAAAAUUCAUACAAGAUGUGGAUGAUUUUUGACGACGUACCGCAAAACCGUUUUUACAGCGUUCCACAGAAUUGUUGCGUUCGUUAUGAGAUGUUCGGGGCGAUUUUGUUUUCCUUAAAUCCUGAUUGUAUAUAUACUCUGUAUAAUUGUUUGAUCUUCCAAUAAAUUGUGAUAGCUUUACGUAGUUAA